AUGACAACCAGCCAACUCGCGGAUCCCAUCUCGCCACUCGUCGCGCUCGUCUCCAUCUACGAGCGGUGCAAGGAUAUCCUGAGGUCGGUCGGCCAUGAAUGGUGCCUGAACAAUCACGACCAAAAAGCCAUCCAGGCGCGCAUCGCGACAGAGCACCAGCAGCUCGAGGAAUGGGGUCAUAGCAUAGGGCUCGACGGGCCCAAGAAGGCUCAGUUGUCUUCCAGCUCGGAUGGCUAUCUCCUAGACCGCGAUUUUCACGAGAGUACGCAAGGCAUUUUGGAAUCCAUUGUGAGCAUCUUUGAAGAGACCAUCGCAGGCCUGGCACCGCACUACGAGCUGCCUCCUCCUUCCUCCGCACCUCCGACCGGCUCGUUCCUCUCUGCUAAAAAUCCCACUUCGCGAUGGCACCGCCAGGACAAAGUCCGCUUCAUGGCGUUUGCCGAAACGGUCCAUUAUCACAUUGGGGUUUUGCUGCAGAAGCUGGACUACUUUGAGAGCGUGACAAGUGGCUGA